CACGAGGGGGCGUUAAACUAACCCUGUAUCAUAAACCCCUACCGUGGAGUAUGAAUUGACACGCGGCGCACGCAUCGACACACAUUGGCACACCUACACGCACACGGAGUGUUUCAGGUGCCCAUCAAAUAUGAGUCCCUCUCAGAAACGUGCGAAAAGCUGCCGAUGACCUACAUGCGACGCUUCUGAUUUACCCUGUCAUCUGCAAAAGGCUGCCCACCAUCGGUAAGCGGGGGACUUCACCUUCAUCAGCAUCCAUCGUGCUCUUUUCCUAAGCGCGGGACAGCUUUGCGGAAGCCGCCGUAUAAAACGCCGGCAGGAUGGCGGAGCUGAAGUCACGGAGCAAUGAAAACGUGAACAAGGAGGCAGAUGAACAGAAGAAGAUGGAGGAGGUGGCAGCAGAAAGCAGCCCAAAAGAAGAGACCCCUCCUGACACGAAGGAGAAGAUCAAGCUAAAGCGGAACAUCACCUUGUUCAACGGUGUUGGCAUGAUUAUUGGCACAAUAAUUGGCUCGGGCAUCUUCAUCACCCCCACUGGCGUGGUGAAGGAGACUGGCUCGGCGGGCCUCUCGCUGAUCGUAUGGGCCGUGUGUGGCGUAAUCUCCACCAUGGGUGCUCUGUGCUACGCUGAGCUGGGUACCACCAUCACCAAGUCGGGUGGGGACUACACAUACAUCCUGGAGGUGUACGGCAAGCUGGUGGCUUUCCUGAAGCUCUGGGUGGAGAUGCUGAUUAUACGGCCAUCUUCACAGUACGUGGUGUCCUUGGUCUUCGCCACCUACCUCCUCAAACCCCUCUAUCCAGAGUGUAACGUGCCCGAAUCUGCUGCCAAACUAAUCGCCUGCCUUUGCCUCACCUUGUUGACAUUCGUCAACUGCAUCAGUGUGAAAGCUGCAACAAAAGUACAGGACAUCUUCACCACAUCGAAACUCAUCGCUCUUGGGAUCAUCAUCGUCUUUGGCUUCAUCCAGAUUUCUCGGGGUGACAUCCCCUACCUGAAACCAGACCUUGCCUUUGAAGGCAGUAAGAUGGGGGUGGACAACAUUGUUCUUGCUCUCUACAGUGGCCUCUUUGCAUUUGGAGGCUGGAAUUAUUUGAACUACGUUACAGAGGAAAUGAUUGAACCAGAGAAAAAUCUGCCUCUGUCCAUUAUCAUCUCCAUGCCUAUCGUGACAGUGGUGUAUGUAUUGACCAAUAUGGCGUAUUUCACGACCAUCUCCCCACAUGUGAUGGUUAACUCUGAAGCCGUGGCUGUGAUCUUUGGCGAGUACCACCUUGGCGUCAUGUCUUGGCUCAUCCCUGUCUUCGUGGGGUUGUCCUGCUUCGGCGCAGUCAAUGGAAGCCUGUUCACUUCUGCUCGGCUGUUUUAUGCAGGGGCUCGUGAAGGGCAGCUCCCUGCUGCACUGGGUUUAGUGCACACUGACCUUUUCACUCCUGUGCCGUCCCUCAUUUUCACUUGCUUCCUGUCUAUGAUGUACGCCUUCUCCAAGGACAUAUUCUCUGUCAUCAACCUGUUUAGCUUCUUCACCUGGCUGUGUGUGGGUUUGGCCAUCCUUGGCAUGCUCUGGCUACGGUGGAAGAAGCCUGAGCUAAGGAGGCCUAUCAAAAUCUGCAUAUUGAUCCCUGUGACAUUUGUCUUGGGCUGCGUUUUCAUGAUCGUCGUGUCCUUUUGGGCGGCACCCUUCGAGUGCCUUAUUGGUUCUGGGAUCAUCCUGACUGGCAUUCCCUUCUACCUCCUGGGAUACAAGUGGAAGAAACCUCAUGUGGUGCAGAAGAUCCUGGAAAUAUUUACAAUGUUUUGUCAGAAGAUUUUCAUGUCUGUUCCAGAAGAGCGCGGAACAUCCAAAUGAUGACUUACAAGCUGUAAUGGUUUGACCACGACACAAAACCUUUCUUUGUGCUUGCUUCAAAUACAUGUUUACAUGGUUGCUGUGUGUGUAACAGCCUGGGUUUGUGUAGUGUUUGUUUGUGAGGUCUGGCAGUAUGCAGGACUCCUUCACUGUGGCGAUUCUUUCAGCCCCUUCUACCUGAAGAAAUGGAAACAUGAUGGAACUUGUUGGUUUUGUCUGUACAGCUUCUUAAAUUGUUUCAUGAAUAGCCAUUUUGGGUUGGCAUGUAAAUGCCAGAUAAUGACUUCCCGAGUCACAAUCAUAAACUGAGUCAAGGUUUCAACUGUAAAGAAAUUACUUGCAACAACCAAUAUACAUUCCUUGACAUAUUUUAAGUGGAUUAAAAAACAAACAUUUGUAAAUCCAGGGAAUACAUGCAGUUAUUUUGUCUGGUAUAAAUUUAAGUAGGUUUAAGUGCUACCUGUUGUUUUAUCUUGUUGAAUUCUAUCUUAAAUGACAGAAAAACUGAGCAUUGCCUUUUCUUUACCAUGGAUUAGAUAUUAUAAUUGCUGUUGUAGGAUUAGAUCAGAGUAGAUGUUUCCAGUAAUAUAGAAUUUAAUCAUAGCAUUUUUGUUCAUCAACACUAAAAGCUGAACAGUUUACAGGUAUAGUCCGCAACCAGAGGUGUUAAGUUCGGGUCCAGAAAGUACAAAUCCAGACCAAGGUUUUGUUUCAACCAACCAAUUGAGUAUUCUGUGACUGAAUCUUUACACUCAACUGGUCGGUUGAAAUAAAACCUUGGUCUGGAUUUGUACUUUCUGGACCCGAACUUAACACCUCUGUCCACAACAUAGUAUAUCAUGACCUAAAUUUAUACCCACUGCUGACUGCACCAUCUAGAUGUGGUCACAAGCACAACAAAAUGUGGAACAUCCACAAUACUAUUAUCAAUAAACCAGCAUGAAAUGUUUGGCAAGGAGCCUGGAAGAACCAAUGGUGGUCAGUUUUUUUUCAGUUAGUGUUCAUUUUGAUUUGCUAAUAAUGUGCCAACAUUGUGCCAAUGAUGAGAGUGUUUUACUAGGAAAAAAUACAUUAAGAAGCAUUUGAAAUGUAGCGUGUACCAUUGACUUAACAUUGUUUAGUUAUUCAUCUAGUAUACCUGUGGCAAGUAAAUCCUUGAGCUGUAUACAUAAUCUUGUCGUUCAAUAUUUGUUUUGUACUUUUUGUAAAGUAUUGCAAUGACAAUGUUGUACUACUGUCCACCAGUCACUGUCAGUAUCCUUGGCAGGCACUUAUACUAUUAAAGUAUUUUAAUCUAAAAUUG